UGCACUGAGACAUGUAAGGUAGAGUGAAGUAUUUAGCGAGAUGGAAAUUCUUGCCAGGCGCCCAGGAGGGUUGCCAGCACCACUUGAGACGCUGAAAAUCGGAAGGACGCUGGGGAAAGGAGGUUUCGCAGUCGUUAAAAACGGCACCCUGAAAACGGAUGAUGGCACUUUGCUGCAAGUCGCCGUCAAGAUUCUACACCCCGAGUAUUCCGAUGAGUACAGACAGGAGCUGCGUUUGUUUAAGGAGGAGGCGGAGCUCGUGCUCCAACUCGACCACAGGAACAUCAUCACAGCGUAUGGGCUCCUGAAGCUGCCGCCCAAGUUCCCUGGCCUUGAUGGGAACUACACAAAGCCCGCACAUGCCUUGGUGCUGGAGCUGAUGGCUGGCGGCUCGCUUGCCGGCCUCAUGAUAAAGCAGCUGGUUGCGGGCACAACGCCCAAGUAUACGUUCUCCCAGGCUUUGGGUUGGUCCCUUGACGUGGCUCGCGCGCUGCAGUACCUGCACACUGGCGGCAGAGACGGCUUCCCACGCCUGCAUCGGGACGUGAAGCUGGAGAAUGUGCUUCUCACAGCUGGGAUGUGCACAGCCAAACUGGCGGAUUUUGGCCUCCAGCGGGCUGUCGCCUCACAACAGGAGCAGCCCACCAUGAUGGUACGCCGCUCGCAGCGCCCCUCAGCGCCCGCAGCCCGCUCCGUUCCCACUGGCCCUUCCCGCCUGGCUCCCGAUGCGACCAAGCGACCAGCACACCCACAGCAGCAGCCGGCCACCACCCUGCGCCCGUCCGGCCAGGCCUCCGGACCCGGUAACCCCGGGCCUCCAUGCGGCACCCAGCCCACCGACAACAACACACCCUCCGCCCGGCACACCGCCCGCACCAAUCCCGCUGACGCGCAGCACACCGGGCCGCUUUUUUUCACCGUCAGCAACAAGGGCCUUACGCCACUGGUGCACCUCAACUCCCCAUGUGCCCCCAGGGAUCCCUCUGCUGCCGCUGCUGCUGCUGCUGCCUCCCUCGCCACCCAGGGGCCCGGUUCCAGCAGCCCAGGUGACGACUCCGCAGCGGCCCUGGAGCGGCUACGUGGGGGGCUUGAUUUGGACCUGGACGUGACACGACGUUCCGCAAGCAUGUCCCAGCUGGAGUGGCAGCAGCCGGGCAGCAAACAGGCCCCACACCAGCACCCCCUGGCAGCCACCGCGCCCGGAGGCCAGGUGAGUGCGGGCCCCGUCUGCAAACCCCAGCCGUCGUCCUGUAAGGCGCUGCUGGCGCCCUCACGGCCCAACUCGUCCGGCGGCCGCACAUCGGCGACGCAGCUGCGUGGACGAGUGGUGGCGGGAGGCGGCAUGGCGGCAACGCGACCGUCGCCGCUGGGACCGUCGGUUGCGCGUGUACGGCAGGACAGCGUCAGCGAUGCGGCGCCACGGCUCAGCUCUGCCAGCCUUACACGGCUUGGCGGCGGCGGCGGUGGCAGCAGCUCGGUUGGCGGAGGUGCUGCCGUGCCGGCGGUAUCCGUGACGGAUAGGGGUCCCUUGGCAGGAGGCGGCGCUGCUGCUGCGCUUGUGCGGGGCUCCUCGUUUGGCGUCAGCAUCAGCCCCCGAGGUCGCGCUAGCGGCGACGAGGCAGCUACUGCAGCCCUGGCUGCGAGGGACGGGAUCUCCAAAGCCCCGGUCCUUCUGAUGGACUCCCUGCCCGGCGACGCACAGCUGUCAGCAACUGCGGCAGCAACUGCCACCGACACGACCUGCAGCUGCCCAGUCAGCAGCCCUAUGGAUGGCCGGCCCUCGGCUACCUCGGCUCGUGACGUCAUGCUGGGGGAGAUGCUGCUGCAACCACAGGAGGGCCGCAUGCCCUCGCCAACAGCAACAACGUCCUCGCUUGCAGCGCGCCCGGCCAGUGCCCGACGCCCGGCAGGCCAGGUGGCUUCAGGGCCUGCAGGCGGCGGUGCCGUGUCGUGCAUCAGCGACCAGCCAUUGCGGUUGGUGCUACCCGACGUGGUCAGCGCAGACCAGGGUUACAUGCGCGCUGAGGACUGCGGAGUGGGUGGGUUGAUCCUGCCCGGCAGUGCGAAACACGUGGACUCUCGGUCCACCACCGCUGAGCAGGAGGGGGAGGAGGAGAUGGAUGUGGACCCGGUAGUGGAGGCUAUGCGGUCGGUGGCGGCGUGGCGUGAGGCGUCGAUGGCUUCGGUGGGUGCUGCCGAUCCAGGAGAGGCACCUGGAAGCAGGCCGGCGGAGGCGGAGGCCAAGCGCCAGGUCUCCAUGCCUAAUUCCUGCAGUGGCGGGGCCGGGGCGGGGGCUAAGGACGUCCCACCGCAGUUCAACCGUAACAGCUGCUUUGCAGACAUCGCUGGUGGUGAUGGUGGUGGUGGUGCAGAGGGCAGGGGUAGCAGCGUCUUGGAAGCGGCUGCUCCGAUGCAGCUUGCGGAGCUCCUGCAGAUGCGGAUUGGCGCGACGAAUGUGAGCGUACGGUCGGUACGGAACAGCGGCUCUGGAGUGGCGGGAAGUCGUCCAUCAACGAGUCAGCGCAUGGCAGCGAUCGCGGCGGCGGUACGCGCGUCGGCAGCUGGGGCUGAGGACGCGGCGGGUGCGGCGGCACGUGAGCGGCCUAGCGGCAUGCGGUCGGCUGGCGUGAAGAAGGUCCCGGCCGCUGAAUUUGAAGAGGUCUUCAGCCUCACGGGCCGCACCGGAAGCCUCAUCUACCUGGCCCCGGAAGCCUACAAGAACGAGCCGUACAACGACAAGGUCGACGUGUACAGUCUUGCCGUACUCAUGUACGAACUGUUUGGUCGUACCAGCCUCACCCACACCCACAUCUCCACCAAGCUGCCUGCCUUUUCACGCAUGAUCCACGAUGCCAAUGAGUUUGCGGAGCGGGUAGCCGCGGGCUAUCGGCCGCCCCGGCCCAGACAAAUGGACAAGCUGCCCCUGGCGCUGUGGGAGCUCAUUGAGGCCGGCUGGCACCAAGAUCCGGUACAGCGGCCCGACAUGGACGCUGUUGUUGAGACCCUUGAGGAGUUGGUGGAGCCGCUAGCAGCGGCGGAUGCGCACUCCGGCGCUGCCUGCGGCUGCGUGAUAAGUUGAAAGCCUCUUGUCAAUCUACCGGCGCCGUUCUUGGUAGAAUUCACUGCGUGUGUCACGGGCGCUCAUGGCUUGCUGAGGCUUGCUUACCUCACGAGCGUUCGAACCCGGUAUUUCCAAGGUUUUGUGUGAAUAGUUUGGCUUUGGGGGGCAACUAGCAUUUACCUUAACGCAGGAUGACCCUUGCGUGUUGCAUUUUGCUAUAGGAAUUCGAGUCGCCGAGCGGGCCGGUGUGUACGGCAGAGCUUGAGCGCUUUCAUUAUUGCGGAGAGCGGGGAAGAAUGUGAGCAGCGUGAGAGGGGCACAGGUGAUCUCCCUGCAUUUAGAAUAAUGUACCAUGCAGCUAAUA